UCAAGACCUGAGUGAGUGAGAGUAGUAGGUAACAAUGGUUACAACAACAAAGUUGGAAAUCCAAGGAUGUCUGCCAUGUAAUCACCUUCAACUUCAAGAUCAACCCACUCACUCCACUCUUUCUUCACACUCUCUCUCUCCCUCAACACACUGCAACACCAUCUUUGAUCCUCGGUAAUCGAGCUGCAAGCUCUCUCCUUUCCGUUGAAUUCGGAUACCCUUUUGCCUUCUUCAAUGGCUUCCACUCCAACCCCACCUCCUAAUUGCUCCUCCGUCGCCUCACGCCCCACCGCCAACAACAACAACCACUCCAACCACCCCCACCGCCACCACAAAAACCACUUCAAGAACCAGCACCAACGCCACAACAAUCGCUUGUCUGCCUCCAGGUACUCCUCUAAGCCUUUACCUAUAGCCGCUGCUGCAACUGACAUAGGUGGUGCUGUUGGAGUUGGAGCUGGUGCAGGUGUUGGUGCUCCUCUUGCUGGCAGUGGCAAUGCUCCUCCUGCUUUCACCUCCUCCCUUGGUUCAUUUAUGGGUGCCCGGAAGUCGAGGCUGGCGCCGGAGUUUUCCGGGCGGCGGUCGACACGGUUUGUGGCGAAGAUGCACUCUGGUAGUCCCAGGAUCAACCCCAACAAUCAUCCUCAUACGAAGGCGGCUGAAGAGGCAUUGCACUGCCUCCUCCAAGCUGGUAAUGAUGCUGCUGCUCUUGAUACUGUGUUGUUUAACUAUGAACAUAGGCUGUGGGGGUGUGAGGAUUAUAUUUACAUGCUUAAGGAAUGUGGGAACAAUGGUAGGUUCUUGCUGGCUACUAAGUGCUAUGAUUUUGCCAUGUGGAAGGAGAAUGGGAGGGUUAAUAAAGGGAAGUUGACUAGUACUAUGAUUAGUACUCUUGGUAGGUUGGGGAAGAUUGAGCAUGCUGUGAGGCUGUUUGAGAUAGGGAGGUAUGAAGGGUAUGGGAACACUGUGUAUGCUUAUUCUGCUAUGAUUAGUGCGUAUGGGCGUAAUGGCUGUUUUCCUGAUGCCAUUACAUUGUUCAAGUCCAUGAGAAGCUUGGGUUUGGAACCCAACUUGAUUACCUAUAAUGCACUGAUUGAUGCAGGGGCCAAGGGGGGAGUGGAGUUUAACACAGUUGUUAAGUUUUUUGAUGAAAUGGUGGCCAAUGGAUUGGUGCCGGAUAGGGUUACUUACAAUUCACUUAUUUCAGCCUGUGUCCCCAAGGGCUUGUGGGAAGUGGCUCAGAAUUUGUUGAGUGAAAUGGAGCAGAAAGGGAUUGACCGGGAUUUAUACACAUAUAAUACAUAUGUGGAUGCGUUGUGUAAGGGUGGUAAGAUGGAUUUAGCCAAGAAGGUGAUGGAGGAGAUGUCUGGUAGGAGAAUUUGGCCCAAUGUGGUAACUUAUAGUACCAUGAUGGAUGGUUAUGCCAAGGCUGGCCUCUUAGAAGACGCCAUAAGUUUGUAUGAUGAAAUGAAGCGUCUGGCGGUCGGUUUUGACAGGGUGUCUUAUAAUACCAUGGUGGGGAUUUAUGCUAAGCUGGGUUUGCUGGAGGAGGCAAUCUAUGUAUGUAAAGAGAUGGAGAGCUGUGGAAUAAAAAAUGAUGUGGUAACUUAUAAUGCACUUUUGGGUGGGUUUGGGAAGCAUGGCAAAUAUGAUGAUGUUAGUAGGAUUUUUGCUGAGAUGAAAGCCCGAAAUAUACAUCCAAAUACAUUAACUUACUCAACAAUGAUUGAUGUGUACACAAAAGGUGGAAUGUAUAGGGAAGCAAUGGAUGCUUAUAGAGAGUUCAAGCAGGAAAGGUUGGAGGCUGAUGUUGUUUUCUAUAGUGCACUAAUUGAUGCCCUUUGCAAGAAUGGUUUAGUGGAGUCUUCUAUGGUGUUGCUUGAUGCAAUGAUAGAGAAAGGAAUUAGGCCCAAUGUUGUCACUUACAACUCCAUAAUUGAUGCAUUUGGUCAGCUGUCAGCUUUGGAAUGUGGGGUUGAUACUUCUGUUCAAGCCAAUGAGCAUCGAGUUGUACCUUCAUCUUCUAUGCUUAUUGAUGGUGCCCUCCAAAAUCUAGCUAUAGGUAAGGAGGAUGACCGGAUCAUGAAGAUGUUUGAGCAACUUGCUGCUGAAAAAUCAGGUCAAAUAAAGAAGGACAUGAGGGGCAGUCAGGACAAGUUCUGCAUCUUGUGGCUCUUUCGGAAAAUGCAUGAGAUGGAAAUCAAACCUAAUGUUGUCACAUUUUCUGCCAUUUUGAAUGCUUGCAGCAAUUGCAAGUCCUUUGAAGAUGCUUCAAAGCUGUUAGAUGAGCUUCGCCUGUUUGACAACCAGGUGUAUGGGGUAGCCCAUGGGCUACUCUUGGGUUACAGGGAACAGAUAUGGCUUCAGGCUCAAUCUCUGUUUGAUGAAAUAAAAAGAAUGGACUCUUCAACGGCAUCUGCCUUUUAUAAUGCCCUGACAGAUAUGCUGUGGCACUUUGGUCAGAAACGUGGGGCUCAACUGGUCGUGCUUGAAGGGAAACGCCGCGAAGUGUGGAAUGGUGACUGGUCUGAAUCUUGUUUGGAUCUGCACAUGAUGUCUUGUGGUGCUGCUAGUGCUAUGGUUCAUGCAUGGUUGCUCAAGAUACGUUCUGUAGUGUUUGAAGGCUGUGAACUGCCCAAGAUAUUGAACAUUUUAACUGGCUGGGGUAAGCACAGCAAGGUUGUUGGUGACGGCACUCUAAGAAAGGCUAUUGAGGCACUCCUGAAUGGCAUGGGUUCACCCUUUAAGAUUGCUGAAUGUAACUUAGGAAGAUUUAUUUCUCCAGGGUACUUGGUAGCUGCCUGGUUGAAACAAUCCAGCACACUGAAUGUGCUUGUUUUGCAUGAUCUAAAAAAUUCUGAACCUGCUGCUGAGCAUAAGUUGCCAGCACUUUGCAUUUAGCUACAAUGUUAUGCUGCUUUUUUGGUCAAAAAGUCCUUAAAUUCAAUGUCUACCCUUUUGUGCUUAA